CUUAAUGACAAAGUGGUAGUUAAUUAUAUUCUUGUUUCAGAAUCAUGGUAUACAUUUUAUGCAAGUUUCGUCAAAAUCUCCGAGACCCUAUAUAUUACAAUGAAAUCUCUGAGACCUUAUAUCAAGGUGUACUCUCCUAACUUCGUUACAAAAUUUAUUUGCCUGGUAAAUUACAUCAUGUUGUACUCAGAAGUGAUGAUCUCUUCAGACUUAGCAAGCCGAGUUCAUCGUCAUCAACUGAUAAAGAACGAGGAUUAUCAUGCUCGUGAAGGCGAUCUCUGUUAUGGCUGCGGUCUACUCCUGCAUGAAUCAUCGUCUAUUUAUCAUUGUACCUACUUCGGUACCAAUGCUGAAGAAGAUGAUUGUGCUCAUGUUUUAAUUCACAAAACUUGUGCACAUUUACCCACAAAGCUUGAGCAUCCAAGCCACAAACAUGAGCUGAAAUUAUCUGAACGUCCACUAUCCUCUCCUAUUUCCAGAGACAAAUGUGAUGUUUGUGGCAUCACGUUGAAAUGGUUCACUUACUAUUGCGACUUCUAUAAGUGCGAAUUUCAAAUUUGUCUGGCAUGUAUUAUACCUUUUAAUAAAAUUACUAUACACCCUCCGUAUCAUCCUCACAAGCUAACCUUUCUAGCUAACCUAGCAACUUUCCGAUGUGAUGGCUGCCAUGAGGUGGAUACUGACUUUUCUUAUAUGUGCUACACAUGCCCCUUCUGGAUCCACCUCAAGUGCAGUAAUCUACCACCAUUGUUAGCCUGUGAUAUUCACCAUAAGCAUCCUCUUAGGCUAACAUAUUCUUUACCAGAAAAUUACCGUAGAUUUCAGCAGUCUUGCAGAAUCUGUAGACAAUAUUUGCGUGACCCUAGAGAUUGGCUCUACCACUGUCCAGACUGCAGAUUCUUUGCGCACAUCAAAUGUGCUACAUCACCUCCAAAAAGCCAUGGUGACACCAAGUAUGCCAAUCAAGAUUAUUCAAUACAUAAAUCAUUAUCAGGUCUUGUGCAACUCCCACUGCCAGAGCAUGAAUCGUUGUUGCGGCAUUGUAUCAAGGGAAGUACAUUAUGGCCGAAGGAUGCUGCCCUGACACCUCCUGAUCAGAUCAACCACUGGAGCCACGAACAUAAACUUUUACUAAAAAAUCCAACUGUUGCAAGUACUACUUCUGAAGAAGAAAUAUGGCCUAUCUGUAACGGGUGCACUGAAUCUAUCACCAUAAAAGAUGGUGCAUUUUAUGAAUGUGGAGAAUGUGAUUACAUUCUCCACGGAUACUGUGCCCACUUUCCACAAGAGAUGUCUGACCGUGCAGGAUAUAGACGCAAGAUAGUGGCAAUUCAACCCAGGGUCCAUGAUAUCUGGUCUUGCGCUCGUUGUAAAGGUUUUAGAAAUGGGACACAAAUGCGAUACACUUAUGAAGGCGAUUAUGCACAGAAAAGUACAAUUGAGCGCAAUUUUGACAGUGCUUGUGUUAUUCUACCUGAACGCAUCGUACACAAAGCUCAUCAACACAAAAGUCGUCCUAACUUCUUUUUUCGUGCAUCAGCUGGUGAAAACACUACUUGUUCAGCGUGCAACCAAACACUAGACGGGUUUGACAUCUGUUAUGCAUGUAAUGGUUUUGAAUGUUUUAGAUGCAUACAUAUCGAAUGUGCUCUUAAGCCACUUAGAGUGACACAUCGAUGGGAUCCUCACCCCCUUCACUUGAUAACUUCCGCAGAAGAAGUAAUAGAUCAUCCUCAUGAAUUCCAAUGUGAAUUUUGCUCAGAAGAGAUAGACCCCAACUAUUGGUUCUACCAUUGCAGUAUUUGUGAUCUGUCCUUUCAUUUUAAAGGAUGCAUCGAUCCGUUUCCCUACUCAAAGGUCAAGUUUGGGGCUACCAAUAUUAUGCUUGACGCUCACCAGCACGGCCUCACCUUUGUUCUUAAUAAAAAGAAACACCAACCAUGUCAUAGAUGCCAUAAAGAUACAUUUGGUAGGCCGGUCCUUGUGUGCAUACCAUGUAAUUUCGUGCAACACUCCCAGCCUGAGUUAUGCACUUGAUGUUAAUUUGUAAAUGUUCUGAUUGUUUGCAUGUAUUUUACAUUUUCACCUAUAUUAAAAUAUUUUC